AUCGUUCAAGUUGUCAAGACGGAGAAAACAAUGCGGCAAAGCUAUUUCGAUCGACUUCUGCUCCUUAUAUUGGCCGCUAAAUCUUGCCAAUGUAGUAUCACGUUCGAUAAGGUCGGCGACUCGCACUACUUCAUAGGCAAAGGAAACAGUGAUGAUCAAAUAUUCGACUGGUAUGAUGCGCGUCGCAGUUGUCAGGCUCAAGGCGGCCAGCUCGUGUCCGUGCAGACGGCCAAGCAGAUGAUUGAGCUGGAGAGCUAUAUAAUGGGUCGGGGAUAUCCCAAUGGAAGCCUGUUUUCCACAUCGGGUCACAGCUUCGAAAGUGAAUAUCCCUUCAAGUGGAGCGCGCUGGGUAAGAGCCUGACGUACACCAAGUGGCUGCCCAACGAGGGUCCGCCCCUCAAUUCGUUUUUGAGCCUGCAACUUGUCAACUCGGAGCUGUUUAUGGUCACAUCGUGGGGCUUCGAUCAGUUCUAUAUAUGUGAAUAUGAGACAAUGGGAGUUUGGCUAGUUACUAACUUAUAUAAUCCAUUUUAUUUGAUACUUGUGAGCCUCAUAUUAGUGUUCUUAUUAUUGACAAUCAAAAAGAAAAGAGCGAUACCUGAAGAGGAACAACUGCUUAAAAGUUAACGUAGUAUUGUUAUAUCUAUAUAUCUAUAAGUUAUGUAUAUAUAUUAUUCUAAUACCCAUCCACAUUCAA